ACUGCAAUUGCACGCAAUAUUUGGUAUACAAAACAAAUAAACAAACAAGGACCAACGUGGGUGUUGGACUUUUCUAGACUACAAUUAUUACUUCAUUUCUCAGAGUCAGUGAUCAUCCCAGAUCUACUCUCUAUUUCUCCACUUCUUCUUCUUCUGUUGUGAAGAUUGAGAUCAGAUAAUUAGUGAUUAACAAUGUCAAGUACUCAUCAUGCUAAAACAGAUUCAGAAGUGACGAGCUUGGCACCAUCAUCGCCAAAUCGGCCCGUUUACUACGUGCAAAGCCCAUCAAGAGACUCUCAUGAUGGAGAAAAGACGACCAAUUCCUUCCACUCAACUCCCAUACUUAGCCCAAUGGGCUCACCGGGCCGGCAAUCCCGGGAUUCAUCAUCUACCAGGUAUUCCGGCUCACUCAAACCAAGUACACAGAAGUCAAGUACUAAUGGGUCCAGAAGCAGCAGCAGCAGACACCACCAACACCGUCAUAGGAAGGGAGAGAAGCAGCAGUGGAAAGAGUUUGAUGCUAUAGAAGAAGAGGGAUUACUUGACGACGAUGGCUAUCGCAAAGGUCUCCCUCGCCGCUGUUAUUUCCUGGCUUUUGUUGUUGGCUUCUUUGUGCUCUUCACUUUCUUUUCCUUGAUCUUGUGGGGUGCCAGCAGAAAUCAGAAACCUGUCGUCACCAUGAGGAGUAUUUCCUUCAAUGAGUUUGGGAUUCAAGCCGGUAUGGAUUCGUCGGGAGUUGCAACGGAGAUGGUAUCAAUGAACUCCACAGUGAAGAUGAGAUUUCGUAAUACAGGCACAUUUUUUGGGGUGCAUGUAACGUCUACUCCUCUGGUUCUUUCCUUUUCACAGCUCACCGUAGCUACUGGAAGUGUAAAGAAGUUUUACCAACGAAGAAAAAGUCAGAGAACUGUAGCGGUGACUUUGAUAGGAAGUAAAAUUCCAUUGUAUGGAGGAGGAGCCGACUUGAUAAGCAAGGAGGGGAAACCAGUAGCAGCAGUGUCACUGGUCCUAGAUUUCAAGGUUCGAGCCAGGGCUUAUGUUUUGGGAAGAGUGGUGAAGCCCAAGUUCUACAAUACGGUUCAAUGCUCCGUUGUUAUGGACCCUAAGAAAAUGAAUGUUCCCAUUUCCUUACAAAAAUCUUGUACUUACAUUUAGAACUAGGAAAUAGACCCAAUGAACACGGGGGAGUGUCUAAAACCAAAAAAAAGAAACAAACAAGGAGGGGGAAAGGCGACGUACGUUUGUCUUUAUUAUUAGAAAAUAACUUCAGAAUAUAGGUUGAAGUAAAGACCAGCUGGCGGUGCUUCGUUGAAGGUCCAAGUUUUGUUAUUUUUCAAAUGUUAAUUUUAUAGAGGAAAAGAGGUAUGGCUGUCAGGUUUGUCGCGGAAGGGGAGUAACAGUCUAGCCUGUGAUGUUGAGUGAAUUAAAUGCCAUUUGAUGAAAAAUAUAAGCCCUAGAAACUAAUGUAUUUAUAUUUAUAUUUUCCAAGUUUUGGUUCUUUGAUGAGUACUAUAUUACUGUACUAGAAAAUUUUGUGAUUUAAAUUCCAUCGUACGUCUAGCCAA